CCUGGAGUUACCUCAAAAUUUGAUUUGUCUUUAUCUGAUUUGUGAGCUUUUUGGUUUCUAUGAUCUGAAGGAUUGACUUGAAAUUCACGUUUCACUGGUUCUAAAAUUUAGGGUUGUUGCUUCGUUUUGCUUAGUUCUGAGGGAAAAAGAGAAAGAGGAAAAAAAAUAGAACAAUUGUGUCUUAGUAAUUUGUAUUUUGUACUAUCUAAUGAUGAAUUUAUGAAGUUUAUUCUGCUGUUGUGGUUAGUCUUUUUGAUUUUGAACUAUCUAGAGUAGAAGAAAUGGUUGGAACUAUCAGCGGUAAACAUUUACGGUUGUAAUUGAUUACUUCUGAACUCAUAAAAAAUAAUUAGUAUUAACAUUUUUUUCCUUUUUCUUUUCUGUCUCAAUUCUCAUGCUCUAAUAAAUGCUUGGAAAAAAAAAUGAAGAUGAUGCCUUUGCAGCUACUCUCUUUUUUGUUUGGAAAAUCCUUUCUAAGAGAGCUGAAGGAUGGGUCAAGCACUUGGUUGCUAUCAAGUUGACCAGUCAAAUGUGGCUAUCAAGGAGCAUUUUGGAAAAUUUGAUGAAAUUCUGGAGCCUGGAUGCCAUUGCUUGCCUUGGUGUCUUGGUUAUCAGAUAGCUGGUGCACUAUCAUUACGAGUGCAGCAGCUUGAUGUUCGUUGCGAAACGAAAACCAAGGACAAUGUAUUUGUCACUGUGGUUGCGUCCGUGCAAUACCGAGCUGUGGCUGACAAAGCAUCUGAUGCCUUCUAUAGGCUUUCAAACACAAGGGGGCAGAUCCAAUCAUAUGUUUUUGAUGUUAUUCGGGCCAGUGUGCCAAAAUUAGAGUUGGAUGCGGUGUUUGAACAAAAGAAUGAUAUAGCAAAGUCUGUUGAGGAGGAGCUUGAGAAGGCCAUGUCUACCUAUGGAUAUCAGAUAGUCCAGACCCUGAUUGUGGAUAUCGAACCUGACACUAAUGUUAAGAGAGCCAUGAAUGAGAUCAAUGCAGCUGCUAGACUGAGGGUGGCUGCAAAUGAGAAAGCUGAAGCAGAAAAGAUUCUGCAAAUCAAGAAAGCUGAGGGAGAGGCAGAGUCCAAAUAUCUGUCGGGACUCGGUAUAGCUCGCCAACGCCAGGCCAUUGUGGACGGGUUGAGGGACAGCGUCCUUGCGUUCUCCGAAAAUGUGCCUGGAACAACGGCCAAGGAUGUGAUGGACAUGGUACUGGUGACUCAGUACUUUGAUACUAUGAAGGAAAUCGGUGCAUCUUCAAAGUCCUCAUCGGUGUUCAUACCUCACGGCCCUGGUGCAGUGAGGGACAUUGCUACGCAGAUUCGAGACGGCCUCCUUCAGGGAAAUGCCUCACAGAACUUAAUUUAAAGCUUUUGCCAGGAAUUGUAAAAGUGACAAGAUAAUGUGCAUGUUAGUUUUUCUUUCUGGGUGAAUACUCAUUGUGAAUGCUUGGUGUCCAUGCUUAUAUUGUUUUAUAAAAUAGUAAGAGUGAAUAGGAGAAACUCUAGUAUGCUAUAACAUAUGCUUAUAUUCAAUUUUGAAUGUAUAGUUUGAUGACAAUCAUAUAUCAAAAUUGCUUGGCAAUCGUAUUAUUAUUAUUAUGAAA